ACAUUGGGGGCUGAGCUCUCUGUGGUCAGUGACAUCAUGGGACAGAAGCUCUUCCUCAUUCAAAAUGACUCACUGGCGUUUGGGCCACUCACGGCUUAACACACAGUUUAUUUGACUUAAUGUCCUGAUGACCUUCAACUACUUAAUUUAAACAAAAGACAAGUUCCUGAUUGAAGAAAGCAACUUUGUGCAGCUCAAGGAAGUCACAACUGAGAUGGCACCACUGAUGUUUAAAGAUGCCUUCUGGGAGUCUGAAUUCACGUGUCACGCUGGAUAUGAGGCCGUGAUCCAGAGGUUACGGGAUGGAAGGCAGAUGUGCAAAGAUGUGGAGGAGCUUCUAAAGAUGAGGGCUCUAGCAGAGGAGAAGUAUGGGAAAGAGCUGGUGACUAUUGCUCGUAAAGCAGGAGGACACACAGAGAUCAGUACCUUGAGAGAAUCCUUUGAGCAAUUAAAAACACAAAUUGAGAACAUUGGAAACUUCCACAUCCAGUUGUCUGAUGUAUUGAAAGAGGAGGUGAAAAAGAUUGAGACAUUUAGAGAGCGGCAAAAGGAGCAGAGGAAGAAGUUUCAGAGCAUCAUGGACAAGGUUCAGAGGAAAAAGGUUUCUAUGUACAAGAAGACUAUGGAGUCUAAAAAAAACUACGAGCUGAGAUGUAAGGAGGCCGACGAGGCAGAGGAAGGGGCUGAGAAGACAAAUGCAUCCAAAACCAAGACAAGGCAUGUCGCUUCCUGUGCUAUAACCACAUCUCAGGUACGUCACAGGGCAAGGCAACACAGACAGACAGCAAACGAAGCAGAAAAACUCUACUCGAACAACAUUCUUCAACUCGAAAGCAUUCGCCAAGACUGGGAAGAAACACACAUAGGCACAUGUGAGGUGUUUCAGCAGCUGGAGGGAGAUCGCAUCAGCAUGCUUAGGUGUGCUCUGUGGGACCACAGCAAUCAUUUCUCCAUGCAGUGUGUCAAAAACGACGAGUUGUAUGAGGAGGUGAGGAAGAUACUGGAAAAGUGCAACAUCAUGAUAGACAACAACUGUUUCAUAGGGAUGAAGGGCACCGGGUCAAGGCCUCCAGAACCCAUAGUGUUUGAGAGCUACUACCGCAGAGACACAUCUAGGGACAACAAUGGCGAUGCUCAUUUUACUGGUGGAGGAAGAGAUCACAUGAUUAGGAGGUCUUCAGAAGGCGGCCGGCUGACAAGCUCUGUGAACAUCAGCAUGAGCAGUCUGCAAAGCUUUCAUUCAGAAGUGACAUCUAGUGGUGAAAUGUCAGCAGGGAGUUCAGAUGACGGAUAUGCACCGCUGCCAUGCCUCCAGCGUGCAGCAUCACUUGCAGCAGUUCCAGCUGUUGAGGACAGCUACUUUGUACUUUAUGAAUACUCUGCACGGGAAGGGGACGAGAUGUCUGUCAGUAGAUGGGACUUGGUGCGAGUCCUAGAGCAAGGAGAAGACGGCUGGUGGAUGGUGGAGAGGCACGGGCAGAUUGGGCUGGUGCCGGGAAACUAUCUAGGCAAAAUGUGAACACACGAAGAGGAAAACAAACGCAAAUACAGACAGACAAAUGACAGCGCACACAAAAGCACGUGUUUUAGUGUGCCGGUCAAACAAGCCAUUUCACCUACAGACUCACAUAUAUAAACAUGCACACAUAUACCACACACACACACACACACACACACACACACACACACACACAAACAUUUAAACAUAUUCGUCAGGCUUUUACACAAGGCCUUCUCUAUGUCAGCAUUUUAAAAGAGGUUAGGACAGAGCAAUAUCGCUUAUUUAUGCAGUAAAGCUUUCAGAUUGAUCAGCAUUAAAUAAUGUGCCUUUAUGUUCUUUGUCACAUUAGCUCUUUUCUUAUUGCAAGUUCAGUUUCCUUUUCAUAUUGCAACAGAAUAAUAUUGGUGUCUCAGUGUGUGAUUCCAGUGUGAGACAUGAACACAGCAGAAGCUUCACAUAUGCACAAAAACUCACCAACCUGCCCACUCAGCCAGCUCACAGAAAUCCACCCUUGCCUCUGUAACGCCUCUAUUGCUGUCUCCAAGUCGUGAGACAACUUGGUUCCACCAUUUUGCCAAUGUAAAAUUCAUAUUGAAGGCAAGUGGCUACAGGGACAUACAUAUUGCACCAUGAACUGGCAGUAAGAAACGGGCUAUUGUAACUGCUACCUCAUGUGUGGUUUAGCUGGUAUUCCUACAUUCCCAUUGAAUACUUUCCAAUAUAAUCACUUUGUACAGAAAGAAAGAUACUGUAUUGGAAAUAUUGAUGGAUGAGAGAGCAUGGUUUCCAGUGAAAUUCUGUUAAUCUGUUGUGUUUUUAGUGAGGUGAAUAAACAAGACUGUUUCAGUUGCUGUUGUCUAUGUUAGCAAAACUAAUUUUGUCAUUUAAAAUGAGCCACUUUGCAAUAAUAGAUUUCCUAACAGUGGGAUUACUUGUCUUAGAUCCUCAAUGUUUAUUAUUUAUAUAAAUUAUGCUUGGGGUAACAUGUUAUAGAAGUACCUGUUUUGGUUUUGUCCCUCAGAUUAUUUGUGUUACCUUUUGUUUGUUGAUAAUGUGUUGCAAGCUGAGAGGGUUACACUGUUCAGUGUAUGCAAUAUUAUCUCUAAUGUCCAUUAUGCUAUUUUCUGACUGCCAUGUAGACCUUCAGCAACUGUACUGUAUAAAACCGUGCCAAUACAAAGUCAAACAGUCAA